GUCCUUUUGCGCUAACCAUCUCCGUCCCGUCUCCCACGCUCCCUGCCCUACGACGCUAGAGGAGGCGACAUGUCGUGGCUGCAGUACGCGGCGACCCGGAGGCAGCGCGCCGCCACGGCCUGCCUCUUCCUCACCGGCGCCGCGCUCAUCGCCGCCGCCGCGCGCCUCUCCUACGCCAACAUCGAGCCCCAGCGCGCCAAGGCCGCCCAGCGCCGCAAGGUCCUCGAGGACUUCAUCGCCCGCAAGCGCGCAGCCGUGGCCGGACCCGGAGCCGGAGCCGGAGCAGACUCCCACCCCCAGCCAGAUCCCCCCAAAACCUAGCCAUGCAUCGGCGGCGCCACGGCAACACCAGGAUCCACGCUUCGAGCUUUUCGAAUCAGGAGGAGUUCGUUCACUAUCCGAGCAAAGGGGAUCGUUUUUUUUUUGUGUGCGUCUUGCUGCACAUUGGAAUUUCUUUAGCGAAGGGGAUGACUGAGAUGGCCAUCGACUUCUGUAGCACCAUGGUACCUUCUCUGUAUGAAUUGUGGUGCUAAUUUGGUUAGCUGUAAUUUUUCAACUGAUUCCUGGUCGCAGUUUAGUAAUGCUGCCGAGUGCUGUAAGCUAAAUGGCAGUGAUACAUUCAUACCA